CAACGUUGAUAUCGCAGUUUAAAAUUCUCACACUGUCUGCCUCUAGUUUCUUUUUCCAGAUUCCAUAAACUCAAGACAUUUGUUAUCGCUGUUCAUUGUGCACUACCUUGGUAAUUAAAUUUGGGUGAAUAGUGUGCGCCUGCUGAGUCGCAAGCUCAUUUUCUCUUUGUUUUCUUUUUCAGCUCCAUUAACUCACACUACUUUGCAUACAGUGCUAGCACACAAAGCAAAUACUGGCUGAACUCAAACUACUACAAUUGGCAAUAGUUGUAUUUAAAGGAUGUUCGAUCAAACAAUUACUGAUUGAUUAGUUUGACCAGUUCAUAUAGUCGGUCGAUCGCAACUACUUGAUAGUUUUUCAAUCUGGUAAUUUAUUCGAAUCUUAUCGAAGGAUUUACUUUUGGAAUAAUUCCAGCUACUCGUUUGAGCUUCACAUUUGUAGGGUAGUAAUGCAACCGUUAGAUGAAACGGACAACGUAAAAGUAGCCGUGCGGUGCCGGCCAAUGGAUAAAAAAGAAAUUGCAAUGAACUGCCAGUCUGUGAUUUCGGUAUCUUGUUUGUCAUCCGUGUAAAAUUAUGUCAUAUUGUAGGUGAGUGAAUUGGAUGGAUGUGUGAUAUUAAAGCGCACAAGUUCAUCUGAUGACCCUCCAAAGCAAUUUUCUUUCGACCUUGUUUUCGGUUGUGGAAGUAAACAAACUGAUAUUUACAACAUGGUAGCGAGACCAAUUGUUGAUAAAGUUUUAGAAGGAUAUAAUGGAACUAUAUUUGCUUAUGGACAAACAGGUACUGGAAAAACAUUUACAAUGGAAGGGAUCAGGUCCGAACCAGAACUGAGAGGUAUUAUUCCAAAUUCAUUUGCCCAUAUAUUUGGGGCAAUCGCAAAAGCUGAUGCGAAUACGAGAUUUCUGGUUCGUGUUUCAUAUCUGGAGAUAUAUAAUGAAGAGGUUAGAGAUCUUCUUGGAAAAGAUCAAUUUGCACGUUUGGAUGUUAAGGAGAGACCAGAUAUUGGUGUGUAUGUUAAAAAUCUAUCUUCGUUUGUUGUACACUCCCCAAAUGAAAUGGAUAAAUUGAUGUCAUUCGGAAACAAAAAUCGUGUAACUGGUGCAACUAAUAUGAACGAGCAUAGUUCACGUUCACAUGCAAUUUAUACAAUAACAAUUGAAUGUAGCGAACAUUCGGAGAAGAAUAAAACAUUACUUCGUCAAGGGAAAUUACACUUAGUUGAUUUGGCUGGAUCUGAAAGACAAGCAAAAACUGGUGCAACUGGAAAACGUUUACAGGAGGCGAAUAAGAUAAAUUUAUCGUUAACUACAUUGGGUAAUGUGAUUUCUGCAUUGGUCGAUGGUAAAUCAACACACAUACCAUAUCGUAAUUCCAAAUUAACCCGACUAUUACAAGAUUCACUAGGUGGAAAUUCUAAAACUGCUAUGAUAGCAAACAUAUCACCAGCCGAUUAUAAUUUUGAUGAAUCAUUGAGUACAUUAAGAUAUGCAAAUCGGGCAAAAAAUAUAAAGAAUAAAGCGAAGAUAAAUGAAGAUCCAAAAGAUGCAAUGCUACGUCAAUUCCAAAAAGAAAUUGAACAACUCCGUAAACAGUUGGAAGAAGGUGGCAUACCUUCAGACCCAACAAAUGCGGAAGAAAAAGAUAGUGAUGAUGAUAAUAAUGGAAAUGGUACAAUCGAUCACAAUGAUCAAGAAAACAGAUUGAAGAAAUCAAAAGGAAAUACAGCAAAACUGAGUAAACAAAAAAUGGCUGAAAUUCAACGUAUGAUUGAAGCUGACAGACGUAAGUUAGAAGAAGAGAAAGAUAUGGCUAUAGAGGAACGAAACCGUAUUCAGAAACAUCUUGAGACCAAAGAAAACGAAUUAAGACAAGUUGAAGUAACUCGUAAUAAUCUAACGAAACGUAUGGAGGCAUUACAAAGUCGCAUAAUUGUUGGAGGCGAAAAUUUAUUAGAAAAAGCUGAAAUACAAGAAAAAUUAUUAGAAAAAUCAGCGAUUGAAUUACAAAAACAACAAUUACGUGCGGAACAAUUACAUCAAAAAUUAAAAGAAAAAGAGGAAGAACGUAUCAAUAUUGAAGAAAAAUAUAAUAAUCUACAGGAAGAAGCUGCCGGGAAGCGUAAAAAACUACGUAAAUUAAGUACAAUAUAUUUGCAAGCCAAGUCGGAACUUGAAGAUAUGAAAAAUGAACACGUUCGUGAAAUGGAAGGCUUAGUAGAUAAUAUACAUCAAUUGGAAAGAGAAUUGGCUCGUUAUACUCUAAUCAUCGAUCGAUUUAUUCCACAAUCAUACCAAGCUCUCAUUGAACAAAAUGUACAGUGGAACGAGGAUAUAGGUGAAUGGCAAUUAAAAUGCGUAGCGUACACAGGAAAUAAUAUGCGAAAACCUGAAAAGCAAACACCCGAACCUCCGAUCGAUCUCGCACACGUGUACUUGAGAUAUACGGACAUAUCGAAUUCAGGACCGAGCCAGAAAACUAAACCAACUGGGAAAUAAAAGCUCUUCCCCAACAGCCGGUUUUCAUUAUUCAGCAUACACACACUACUUCAUACGAAUGUCACCCCAGCCCGUGAGGUGUAUGUGGAAGUAACCCGUAACUUUCAUACCAUGUAAACUAGAGGGGACGAAGACCCGACAAACCAAAAGUACCCUAAUGCGGUGAUACAUGCAAUAUCGCAGGAUUUGAUGCAUUGGCUAGAUAGUGCUAAGACAAGCGAAAAACUGCUACGUCUCAAACUAAUUCAUACAUGACUAACUGUGAGCUGAAAAGCAUCAAGUGACUACUUUGAAGAUGGCCACUGCGACACAAUUCGACGUGCUCUAGGACUGAUUGAUAAACAACCAAGCAGGCACGCAGAUUCGGAAAAUUAUAUUCUACUUAUUACAGGACGUCUAACCGGCAAAAACUAGUCAAUGUUACAAACGCAGUGCAUGAGCUAGUCCCACAGCGGAGUCAAACUCAUAAACAGACCAGCCCACUGUUUAGAUAAAGGCGAACGAACUUCAUAUGGUAGCCAACGCGCAACCACUUAACGGGUGGUCGUCGUGAAAAAAAGCAUUUAUUUUAAGCACAUUUAUUGUAAGACAUAACAGGACGAGUCAGAAGUAUUUCCUUUUCGCGUCUUCUAUUGAUAGCCAUCUGAAAUUUAAAAAGUAUUGACUAGUUAAUCAAGUAAGAGUACUCUAUGAUCAGACGAAUUACUGUCAUCAUUUGUUCAGACGGUAAU